AUGACAAUGACUAUUUUACCAUUUCUUGAUAUAAAAGCAACUCCUUUACAUUCAAUUGAUGUAUCUCAAUCAUCAAGAAUACAAACACUUCCUCGUGUAACUGAAACUAAUGUUUCACCAUGUCAACAAUCGCUUGAUUCAUCAUAUAAUUCAAAUAAAUUACCAUCAGCACCUAAGCGUAUAUCACUAUCACCAUCACGUGUACGAACACCUAAGAUAAAAAUCUUUCCUCGAUCUGAUGAAACAUUAAAACAAUUACCACAUCCUAAAACUAUUGGUGCACAAGCACAUAAUGCAAUAUGGAAACCAUUAAUUCGUGAACCUCCUGACUAUGAUUAUUUAUGGGAACCUGUAAAACGUGAUGAUAUACGUCAUCAAUAUGAUCAUUAUAUACCAUCACAACGAAUUACUGCUAGUCGACCGGAUGAACCAUAUAAAAUGUCAACAGGAUUCGAAACAGAAGAUAGACAUUAUCAUAAUUAUCGACGAGUGCGAGCUAUGCAACAGAAACAAUGGAAUAAAGAACAUAUACAAUAUACAGUUUAUCCCUAUUCACAAAUAACUGAACGAGAAACAUAUAAUAAACAUAUUCGAUCAACACUUAAAGGACAAAUGGAAGAAAAAACUCAAAGCGAUAAAAAUGAACAAGCAAGAAAAAGUCGUGAAUGUCAAUCAAUUAUUGAACAGGAUCGACAAGAUAUAGAAACAUACAAACAAAAACAAAAACAACAAGCUCAGUUUUUAUUUCAAUUUACUGCUAAAAAUAAAGAGUUAAUGGAAAAUAAAUGGGAAUAUGAUCGAUGGAAUCGUGCACAUCAAUGGCAUGUUGAACGUGUUAUAUUAAGUGAUAAUCCUAUUAAUUGGAGUAAAACUAUGACUUAA